CUGGGAACAAGAGCUGGAGGGGAGGACUGUUAACCCCAUUCUCUCGGGCAGAGUGAGCUCUUUGCCUGUGGGUCUGCACCGCCUGUAAAGCUCAUCGCGCACUCGCCCUCGGAGUGAGAGGCGAGCCCGCUGGGAACUGCAGGAAUCUGCAACAAAAACGAUGACAGUCUGAAAUACGUCGCAGUGCCAACCUCCAAAUUCAUCUGUCACCUCAGACCCUGACUAGUUGACAGAGCAGCAGAAUUUCAACUCCAAUAGACUUGAAUGUGUUUCUGGGCAAAGAAGCAGAGCUAACGAGGAAAGAGAUUUAAAGAGUAUUGGAUAUUUGUCAAACUUUUAUUUCCAGGCUGUGUGCAAAGAGGGGACUCAACUUCAAUUUUCUGCCAAGGCUCUGGGUCCAGCUACCUACCUGAAGGUCUAGAAAGAUGAAGACCAUGCUUUUUUUCCUAUACAUGUUGGGAACUGUAGCUGCAAUCCCGACACAAGCAAGGUUCCUAUCUGAUCAUUCCAACCCAACUGCUGAUUCCUUGAAUUCCUUCCAACAGACUGAAAUGCUGGUAACAGCUGAGCGCACUGCAGUUCCCACUGUAAAGGCUGAAGAUGCAGAAAAUGAAAAGGAAACUGCAGUAUCCAUAGAAGACCAUCCCAACCAUAAGCCUGAAAAAUCUUCAAUACUAAAGUCAGAGGAAGAAAACUAUGACCAGUUAGCAGAUCAAGACCCAAGUUAUGGCCAAAACCUGGGAUUACAGGAUCAAGAGGAAAGUGAAAGUGACUUACCAGCGAAUUUGGAGUAUACACCAACUGAAGGUACAUUGGACCUAAAGGAAGAUAUGAGUGAGCCUGAAAAGGAAAAACUCCCAGAGAUCACUGAUUUCCUUGGUCAUGAUGUUAGCUCCAUUGUAGAUUCUAACCAACAAGAAAGCAUCACAAAGACAGAGGAAAACCAACAACAAACUACAAAUGACUCACAUCCUCAGUUCAACAGGAGCAGCAAACAUAGCCAAGACCUAAAUGAUCAAGGAAGCCAAGAGCAGGAUCCAAAUAUUCCAAAUGGAGAAGAGGAAGGGGAAAAAGAGCCAGGUGAAGUUGGUACCCACAACGAUAACCAAGAAAGGGAGAGAGAAGUUCCCAAGGAGCAUUCUGACAGCAAGCAGGAAGAAGACAUUACCCAAUCUGAUGAUAUUUUGGAAGAGUCCAAUCAACCAACUCAAAUAAGCAAGGUGAAGAAAGAUGAAUUUGAGCAGGGUAACCAAGAACAAGAGGAGGAAAACUCCAAUGCAGAAAUGAAAGAGGAAACUGUGUCAAAAAUCAAUAAACAUGAUCAAGAUACAGAAUGGCAGAGCCAAGAAGGAAAGCCUGGCCUUGAAGUUAACAGCAACCAUGAGGAGACGGGUAAAAAGACUCUUUCUGAGCCUUUGCUGGUGGAGCCUACUGAUGAUGGUAACAUCAUGCCCAGAAAUCACGGGGUUGAUGGUGAUGGUGAUGAUGGCCCCAGAUACAAUGCAAGUGAUGACUACUUCACCCCAAGCGAGGCUUUCCUGGAGAAUGAAAGAGCUCAAUCCAAUUAUUAUCACAUCAAAUAUGAGGAGCAAAGAGAAAAAGCACAUGAGAAUGAGAAUGUGGAUACCAGUGCACCUGUAGAAAACCAAGGGGCCAAGAAAGUAGAGAGCUCACUGAAUGAAGAUGACAGCUCAACUGAAGGCAACAUGAGGAUGCAUGGUGUUGAUUCUUGCAUGAGCUUCCAGUGUAAAAGAGGACACAUCUGCAAGGCUGAUCAACAGGGAAAACCCCAUUGUGUUUGCCAAGAUCCAGUGACUUGUCCUCCUACAAAACUCCUUGACCAAGUUUGUGGCACUGACAAUCAGACCUAUGCCAGCUCCUGUCAUCUCUUUGCUACCAAGUGCAGACUAGAGGGGACCAAAAAGGGGCACCAACUGCAAUUGGAUUAUUUUGGAGCCUGCAAAUCUAUUCCUGCUUGCACAGACUUUGAAGUGACCCAGUUUCCUCUAAGGAUGAGAGACUGGCUCAAGAAUAUCCUUAUGCAGCUUUAUGAGCCUAACCCUGAACACGCUGGAUAUCUAAAUGAGAAGCAGAGAAAUAAAGUCAAGAAAAUUUACCUGGAUGAAAAGAGACUCUUGGCUGGGGACCAUUCCAUUGACCUUCUUUUAAGAGACUUUAAGAAAAACUACCACAUGUAUGUGUAUCCUGUGCACUGGCAGUUUAGUGAACUUGACCAACAUCCUAGGGACAGAGUCCUGACACACUCUGAGCUCGCUCCUUUGCGCGCAUCUCUGGUGCCCAUGGAACACUGCAUAACGCGCUUCUUUGAAGAAUGUGACCCCAACAAGGAUAAGCACAUCACCCUGAAGGAGUGGGGCCUCUGCUUUGAAAUUAAAGAAGAAGACAUAGAUGAAAAUCUCCUGUUUUGAAUUAAGAUUUGAAAGAACGCAAACUUCCCAGCAUCCUCCCCUGUUCUUAUCACUUCUGAAGUAUAUGCAGCCAUAAUAUUUGUAGAUUUAUAUUUAGCAAAAUGCUUGCAUGUCUGAGAAGACAAUGAGAGUCACUGCUUGAUAACAGUAUAUGCACCAGGCAUUUAACAUUAACUCUGAAAAUAAAACUCUAAAAUUAAGUAAAGUCAAUAUAUGCAAAAUAUCAAACAUUGUUCACUGUUUGUGAACAAGAGUUUAACUCAUCACUCUCUGCAUCCAAUUAUGAGAUACUUAAAAAUGAUAAAACUCAAAAAAAAGUAGGUUCAUUUUGUCUGUAUUAUGUGCACUUCAAAAAAGUGAAAUAAUGUUCUUUGUUGUUGAUGUAUAUUAUUUUCAAUAUCUUAAUAUCCUAAUAAAAGUCCAUAAAAAUCAAA